AUGUACAUCUUUCUCAUUCAUCUUUCCGUAUGUGACGUUGUGUUUACCACAAACAUCGCUCCUGAAAUGUUGUAUCAUAUACUGAGUGAAGUUGGUAAGGUGUCCAUGGCAGGGUGCAUAUCACAAUUCUAUGUGUAUGGUUCCUCUACAGUUGCAGAGAGCUUCAUUCUGACUGCCAUGUCCUAUGAUCGUUAUCUUGCCAUCUGCAAUCCUUUACGUUAUACUUCUAUUAUGGAACACAGGGUUUGCCUGAAGUUUGUAGGUGCUUCUUGGCUGGUAGGACUCCUAGUAACUCUCAGCACUUCUUUAAUGGUGUUUACUAAUAAUUUCUGUGGACCAAACAUUAUUGACCACUUCAUUUGUGAACUAGAUCCACUUUUAAAACUGUCAUGUUCCAAUACAUCGCUGUCGGAAACCUUAAUCUUCAUAUUGUCAAUCCCUAUAAUAAUUAUUCCAUUUGUAUUCAUUAUAGUAUCUUACAUGUGUAUCUUUCUGACUGUUCUCAAAAUUCCAUUCAGUACUGGAAGGUGGAAGACCUUCUCCACCUGCAGCUCACAUCUGACAUCGGUGAGCACCUACUAUGGAACCCUGACCGCCAUAUAUGUGGUUCCAAAAAGAGGCCGAGCACUCUCUAAGGCUUUGUAUGUCUUGUAUACAGUGAUAACUCCAUUAUUCAAUCCAAUCAUCUAUAGUCUGAGAAAUCAGGACAUGAGAAAGGCAUUUGAGAGGUUGUUAAACAAGAAAAAAAUAAAUCAGAGUUGA